GGCUGCAGCGGUCCCGUGCUCGUGCAUGUGUGUUUGCUGCGAGUGCUUCAGCACGCGCUCGGUCAGUCUGCCGCAGUGUGUCGAGAUGCAUCGAGUCUAAGCGGCGGAAAUGUGAUAAAACGACGGUAAAGCUGUGUGUUUAAACGACAUCGAUGGACGAUCGCGACUCGACGUCCGACACCAAAGCUUGCACAGCCGUCUCCGCAGUGUAAGACACCAGGCUUUGAUCUGUCAGGACAAGAUGUGAUCAGGAUUGAGUUUGUUUUACUCAAAAUCCCUUGCCAUAUGUCAUACUUCAUUUGGAUGCUCGUAAAUCAUGGAUGCCACUGUGACAUGACAUCAGAAGAGCAUUCAGCACACCAACUAGCUUUGAAGUGUGUCAGCAUCAGCCUCCAGCUGCAGACGGGAGGAUUGUGGGACGUGAUUGACAGGUCGAACCUAUGGCAGAGCAGCAGCGCGACACAGGUCCCUUUGUGUGAAUCUACCAUGGACCCUGUGCUCUGUCUGAUCCUGGUCCUGGGUAUGGCUGUAAUGAUGGCCCAUGCGUGCCCCAAGUACUGCGUGUGCCAGAACCUCUCUGAGUCACUGGGGACCCUGUGCCCGGCCAAAGGCCUGCUCUCCGUGCCACCUGAUAUAGAUCGCAGCACUGUUGAGCUCCGUUUGGGGGGAAACUACAUCCUUCGAAUCACACAACAUGACUUUGCCAACAUGACAGACUUGGUGGACCUUACACUCUCCCGCAACACGAUAAGCUACAUACAGCCCUUUUCCUUUGGGGACCUGGAGACCCUCCGUUCUCUCCAUAUGGAUAACAACCGUUUAGUGGAGUUGGGCCCUGAUGACCUGCGAGGGCUGGUCAACCUGCAGCAUCUCAUCCUCAAUAACAACCAACUGGGUCGUAUCUCCGAGAAGGCAUUUGAAGACCUUGCGGCAUCGCUUGAGGAUUUGGACUUGUCCUACAACAACCUUCAGGCUCUGCCCUGGCAUUCAGUCCGGCAGAUGAUCAACCUGCACCAGCUGAGUCUGGACCACAAUUUGUUGGAUUACAUUCCCGAGGGGACCUUUGUGGAUCUGGAGAGACUGGCCCGCUUGGACCUGACGUCUAAUCGGCUACAGAAGCUUCCGCCAGAUCCUAUCUUUGCCAGGGCGCAGGAUUCUGAGGUGAUGACCACGCCGUUUGCCCCUCAACUCUCACUCAGCAUAGGUGGAAACCCGCUUCACUGCAACUGCGAGUUGCUUUGGUUCCGGCGUCUGGAGCGAGAUGAUGAUCUGGAGACUUGUGCCUCACCUCCAGGCCUGAAGGGCCGCUACUUCUGGAACGUUCGGGAGGACGAUUUUCUGUGUGAGCAGCCGCUGAUUACUCAGCACACCCACAGAAUGCUGGUUCUGGAGGGGCAGACUGCCAGUCUACGGUGUGAAGCCAUCGGAGAUCCCACCCCAACCAUACAUUGGGUCACCCCUGAUGAUCGAUUGCUUGGCAACUCCUCUCGCACUGUGGUGCACCGCAAUGGAACCCUGGAGAUCCUGAUCACCACUUCAAAAGAUUACGGGACCUUCACUUGCAUUGCAGCCAACCUGGCUGGUGAAUCAACUGCUUCAGUGGAGCUGUCAAUUAUUCAGCUACCCCACAUAAGCAAUGGCACAGGCCAGGCAUCGCAACCCAAGUCCCGCCUGUCAGACAUUACCGGCAGCUCCAGGACGAGUAAAGGUGCUCCCAACAGCCAGCCAGAGAAAGCAGUGUCUGUGUCUGAGGUGACUGCCCUGUCUGCCUUGGUCAGUUGGUCCGUCAGCAAGACCGCUCCCAAAGUGAAAAUGUACCAACUACAAUACAACUGUUCAGAUGAUGAAGUCCUCAUCUACAGGAUGAUUCCUCCCUCCAGUAAGGCCUUCCAUAUCACCAACCUGGUAUCUGGGACUCUGUAUGACCUGUGUGUGCUGGCCGUCUGGGACGACACCGCCACCACGCUCACUGCCACUAACGUGGUGGGCUGUGUGCAGUUCUACACCCGGGACGAGUACCCGCAGUGCCGGUCUCUGCACGGGCAGCUGUUGGGCGGCACCAUGAUCCUGGUGGUGGGCGGCGUGAUCGUGGCCACGCUGCUGGUGUUUAUUGUCAUUCUGAUGGUGCGCUACAAGGCAGGGGAUGGCGGAGGGGGUGGUGAAACCCCUGUCAGCAAGCUGAGCAACGUCAGUGAAACAUACUCUCAAACCAAUGGAGGGAGGCCGGGGCAGAACGGAGUGCCUCUGCUGGCACCCAAGCUCAAGCCCAAAGUCACCAUGCAGGACGAAGUGGUCGAAUUCAAGUGUGGUUCGCUCCAGAGCAGCUUGUCCUCUUCCUCCUCCUCUUCCUCCUCAGGUUCAGCAGAUCCCACUUCCUACAGUCCCAACAGUGCCCUCGCCAACAUUUGGAGGUCCGCGCCUCCUAAGCCCCGCACCAACUUGGACCAGCUUCUAGGGGCCUUCACGUCGCUGGAGCUUCGGGACCAGACCAAGGAGCCGUGUGCGUCCGUAAGCCCGGUGAGCACAGCUGCUGCUUCGGCCCCAGUGGGCCCUACUGACAAGGAGCCUCUGUUGGGUCGGACGCUGGACUCACGGCUUAGCAAGCUGCUCAUGUUGCCUCUGGACUCCAAACCCAAGAGGAGCCACUCGUUUGACAUGGGUGACUUCACGAUGUCCACGGCGCAGCAGCUGUGCUCGUACCCGCGCCGGAUCAGCAGCAUCUGGACUAAACGCAGCCUGUCAGUGAACGGCAUGCUGCUGCAGUGCGAUGAGGAAGGGGACAGCUGCGGGAGCAAAGGCACCACUGAGAGCUCCGAGUGGGUUAUGGAGAGUACUGUAUAGGGGCCGAAACGGACAGGAAGAGAGACAAUAUAAACUCCAUCCUGCAUGACUCUGAAUAUGUUUUUGAUUAAUUUUUUGUUGUUGUUGUUAUUCACCUUGCCAUAUCCAGAACAGAUGCAGCAUUCAGGGGGUGAAUUCACGAAAUGGUUUCACCACACUAGAUGCAGUUUUUCAGCACAAAAACCUGUCAAAUCUUUCUGAUGACCCUUGGUUUUCAGCAUGAACAGUAGGCUCAUUGUAGCUUGCACCUUAUUCACACAAUUUUCCUGCUGCAAUUAAGCCCAAAGUAUACUUUGGUUUUAUCACAUACACGAGGGUCCGGUACAGUGCGUGAUGCAAAUUUCAUUACCGAAAUAGUAUCUGCAUACUGUAUGCACACCAUCCGAUUUUUUGUAACAUUUUUGUGCAUAUUUGGACAUAUAUCAGGUCGCACAUGCACAUUGAAUUUGUUUUGCACCAAUCAGUUGUUUCACAAGGUGGCAAUGCUGGCCCUGUUUCACAGUAGAAAACAAAACUAAAGAGAUGAAACAACAACAACAAAAUAGUGGUCAACAAUUAGCAUUAACAAUCAUUUCUGUGAAGGGGUUAUGAGAUAGCAGCAACUUUAGUUUAAAAGAGUAAAAAGAAAUUGUUAUCAGUCAUAACUUCUGGAGAAAAAUAGAGCAGACACAGGACUAAGAUGAAGCUUUGUAGAGCGCAUGUGGCCACCGUCUGUGUUCAUUCACACUGUCAAAUACUUUCAAAGGCUACAGCUAUAUGCUAGCAUACAUGUAAAAAAAAAUGAAGUAUGCUUUGGGCUUUACGCUGCAUCCUGAUAUUUAUUCAGAAGAGAUGGAUUUCUGUUGAAGCAGUUAUUCAUCAGUUAAAUAAGAGCAUUAUAACUGGCUGUAUGCGGACACACGGUGCAUUCGAGGGCCUUCUGUAUUUCAAAGAGUUGAUUCAGUUGUCUGGAUCACAGUGGUGGACUGAUGCUGUGCAGUCAAAGGGAAAGUUUGUCAGAUCAUGCUGGUCUGAUGCAUCCUAAAAUUGACCCACAAGAUGGGAAGCAGAUUGUUGCCAUUAAGUUACCAACACUGGGCUAUUGACUAUAGACACCUGCUGGUAUAGACAGUUCAUCACAGACUGUACCUGCUAGUUGGCUGUUGGCUGUAGUGUGUUCAAACACAACUUUAAAGCCCAGACAAGCAUGACAUGAGGCAACAACACAGCUGUCUUUAGUCACCGCUAGUGCUUUGAUGUCGGUUUGGUGUAUCACGGUCUUUACAUGAUCUGCAUAAUUCCUAAACCUGCGCAGGCGACUCGUCAGUGGUCACGACUCGUUCUUAGUGAAUCCCCCAGUCUGCUGUGCUGACUCAUUGGUGUGAGACAUGUGUUUGUGUGUGUGUGUGUGUGUGUGUGUGUGUGUGUGAUCUUUAUUUUGUGUGUGUGUGUGUGUGUGUGUG